CGCACAGCAUGGGCAAAGCAUAGUGGACCAGAAAGCAUGAUGAUGUCUGUGUGAGAGAAGAAGCGAUACUUUAUCAGAUCUUCGUAUGCAAUUCAAAACAAAGACCGCAUCUGCUACAUGACACCUGUCAAAAUCAUGCAUGGCUCUUGAAUCAAGUUGCAGCAAAUAACGAUGAAGAUGCAACCCUCAGAGUUCAGGAAAGACAGCUCCUUGUUUGACAAAGUCAUCCUAGAAGAGGAGGAAGGCUUGGGUUUGAGAAUAGGAACUGCCAGCUCUGAAAUUAACACGAGAAGCACGGGGAACGCGUCUAGGCAUCAGGUGGUUCGCCCUUCUGAGCCAGGAAGUGUUCAUGACAGACCUCAGACCACUCAUUUUCACAAGGUGAGCAUCGUCUGCAUUAUGAGCUUAUUAACGAUGAUGCAGGGGCGAUCUGACACCAAUUCCAAUGUUACGCGAAGGAAUCAGGUCAAAGACAUUACGAAACAAAGUGACAUCACAGAACUUCAAGCAAGAAAUACACCUCGACAGAAUAGUUGCACAAGUCGCAAGCAUAAUAUACCAAGCCUUUGCAUUCCGGCCCCGAUAUCUGCUAGCUCAACAAGAUCGAAUACCGGUGUAAGGUCAGUAAGCAGCGCAAGAAAUGACCAAGGUCUCCGAAUACCCUUGAAACCUAAGCCCCCCUAUGAGGAUGGAGUUAGGUGCACCCCAAGGCCAGGAAUAGAAUUCAACGAACAGAUGACAUUUAGAAUUAUGGAG